UGUGUGUGUAAAAUAAAUUGUAUAUGUUUGUAACAGUAAGGUGUCUGAGUCACAGUACUAGUGGAGCUGCUACUGAAAAACCGAUUACCUGUACAGAUUCACAAUGAAGAUGCUGAUUGUCCUGGUUCUGAUGCUUGCUGUGGGUUCCAGUAUGCAAGACGAUCCCAGGUGUAAGCUGCCAAAAGACGAUGGUGACUGUGGAGACACCAUGCACUAUAAUGCUCAUCUCAGGUGGUACUACGACGCAGCGUCCAACAGCUGCGAGGUAUUUGAGUUCUUUGGAUGUGGAGGGAACGAAAACAGAUUCGCAGACAGUCUGGACUGUGUUUUACGGUGUAUCAAAAACUGACUUACACAUUAAAGUCGGGAUUAUAACCUGCAUAUUAAAGUCAGAAAAUAAUUUGGAGAUAAAAGUAUUAAAGUCUUCUUCAGAUAAA